UGGUCAGCUGUUUUCUGUUUAUUUUGUUUAUUAUAAUUCCAAAUCCCUGAAAAAUAAAAAUAUAUUAUUAAUUAUCAAAAUUAAUUUAGAAUAAGUAUUCAGUGAAAUUAAUAUCAAAUGAAGUUCGAGUAGAAAUUAAAUUACUAAAAUUUCCAUUGCCAUUUACUUCAGAGGUUUUUUUUUUUUUUUCAAUUUUCCAUCAAUUUGAAAUGGGAGGCAUGAACAAGGAAAUAGAGUUACAAAGUUUUUUCAUUUUUAACUCAGCCUUUGGACCUAAGGAAGGAGACUUGGAAGGAGAUCAACUUAAAAAAAUACUUUAUUACUACCCAUCAACUGAUAAUACAAGAGUUCAAGAAGAUAAUGUAGGACUCGUGGAAGGAAUUGUACAAUUUACUCAAACAUUUAAUCCAAGCAGUCCUGUAAGUUCUCUACAUACAAGCAAAUUGAGACAACUGUAUUUCCAACCAGAGCCUGAUUUCUGGGUUGUAUUGACUCUAACCUUACCAAUAGUAACUAAGGUAAAAGAAAAUGCAACUUCUGUGGAGUAUUUAGAAGAAGAUUUGCAAGAUAAUGUGUACGAGGCUGCACUUAAACAGGCCUAUUACAUGUACAGGUUAUUUUGGGGAACUUUUCAAAAUACUUUGGACAAAAAUGAUUUGGAUACGUUAAAACUUAGAAUGGAGAUAUUUUUUACUGCAUAUUUGAAAAGCAUAAAAAUCUCCAACCUGGACAUUUUAACUAUAUUUGGCGGAAUCCAAUAUUUACCACUAGACAGACAAACAUUCCUUAAUAUCCAAUGUUUUGUUAAUUUCAUUGAAUCAAAAUGGAAUUACAUUGCGCAUACUGCGUUUCUCUACAACGAACACAUUAUAUGGAGUGGACUUGAACCAAAUGACAUGCAAAUGAUCUACCAAUAUUUAACCGGCACCUUGUUGCCUGCCAAUGUAGAAACCGAACUUCAGGGUGGUUCGAUGCCUAGGAAUACGGCAUCUCCUUUUAUAUCGUUGCAUCAUGGUAGAUUUAUAACUGGUCCUACGAAUCUAAAACAGGCAAAAACAAUUGGCAAAGUACCUAAAGUAUACCUGUUUUCUCAGGGACAAGUUAGGGAAUACCAUUUGGUUGUUUAUAGGGCGCUUAGUGCUACUGUAUGUUUUUUUAUUGAAGGUAAAACUGAACUAGCUUUGAACGAUUUCAAGGCUCUUGAUGAAUUUAUAAAUCCGAAAUUAUCGUCAAUAGUUAAUGAUAUAGCUGAAUAUUGUUCCAAACAAGUUGUGACGCCAUCAAGUACGCCUGAGACUCCCAAAUUUAUUUACUUUAAUAAAUUGAAUUUGGCAUAUAAAAGUUCAGUUCAUUUGGAUAACAAACACACUGGUAACGUAACGUGUAAUAAAGAUUCUCUUCGAGUUAUGAGCGAUAUGAAACAUACAAAUUCGUAUUUGGGUUUGGAUGGUGAAAAUAUUGUUAAAACAACAAAUGAUUAUUGGGUAUUUAGUAAAACUUCAAAUUUGAGAGAAUUUUACAUUGUUUUGCAGCAGAAAAAUGCUAGUUUGAUUGGAAUUAGUGAAGAGGUUAAGCGUUUGUGCGAAACUGAGCUGGAUCGUAUAUUUUUCCAUCCCAUGUGACCCUGGGUUUUUCUUAGUAAUUUUAAUAAGAUAAAUCGAUAAUUUAUUGUAAAUAAAUGUUUAAUUGUUGAAAAGAUAAUA